CCUGAACUUAUUAAAAUUUGUGGCUUUAGUGAUGAUAAGUCAUCCAAUGUUCAUUAAUAACAUGAAAUGUAAGGGAUUUUAAAAAAGCAGAAACAUCCUCAAUUUGUAAUUCAUAUUUUAUUGUUCAAAAUUCAAGUCUUCAUUUUCAUUUCCUACAUUACAUUCAGGUCUUAGAAGACACUGUUUUUGUGAUUGUUGACAUAGUUGUGCAGAUGCUGCACAACAGACUACAUCUGCAUCAUCUGACUAUAAAAGUUUUGAUGUAACACAGCUUACCAUUCAGAUUCAUAACUGUGUUUCUGCAUCUUUCCAGUUGCUGCAUCAGAGGUGACACACAGGUGUGGCCCGCUCUGCCUCGGCCCUCUGAUCUUCCACUGCCAGGCUGUGGGCGACAUGGUCCGCCUGAGUCAGGGGGGUCGACUGGCGGAGAAAACCAAGGACACGUUCAAGAACGGCCUGGUGUUCAGCAGCCGCACAGUCAAGACCCAGGAGAGGAUUCGUCUGAGGGUGGAGAGAGAUUCGUUCAUCUGGAACGGAGCUCUGCGUGUUGGCUUCACCAACGUGUCGCCCUUGUCCAGGUCUCUGCCUCUGCCCCCCAUGGCCAUCCCCGACCUCACCAGCAGGCCUGGACACUGGGCUGUUCCUAUUCCUGAGUCCUUGUGUCAAGCAGGUUCAGAGCUGGAGUUCUGGGUUUCUUCAGGUGGCAGCAUAUACGUCUCAAACAACAGCAGUCAGUGGAAGCUGCUAACAGGAGUGGACCUCAGCCAGCCGCUGUGGGCCAUGAUAGACAUCUAUGGACAGACGUGCUCCAUUCUCCUCCUGGGCUCAAAGAUAAGAGGGUUUUGCACUAGAAGAUCCUGUCCUGCUCCUGAACCAAUCACCUCACCUGAUGUUUCCAGCCUCAGUGGAAGCACUGAUGACUGCAUCUCCUGUCUGGACAUGGAAAUCUCAGCAGAUAAAGGAUGUGUGGUUUGCAUGGUGAGAGAGGCUUCAGUCCUGCUGCCUUGUGGCCACCAGUGUUUGUGUCACCACUGCAGCUCCAAAGUCUCCCAGCAGUUUGGUACCUGCCCAUUGUGUCGACACAAGAUCAGCAGCACUGGAUCAGUGGAGGUCUGAGCUCCAGGACACCAGACAAGAAUCAGCAAAUACAAGCUACUGAGAGACUGGAACUGAGGAAACACUGUGAAUAGACCUUGCUGAAUGUGUCCUGGUGCAGGAGAAUAAAUGUUGGAGAUCUUUGCUGCAACGUCCCUGAUUGAAGUCCAACCAGGAAACUUGGUCCCAUGUUGUUUUCCUCGUUUUUCCUUUUUAUGUAAAUGUUGUACAGCUUGUGAACAAAAGAUGCUAGAAUGAUCACAUUUCUUGUAUUUUCUAAUG